AUGGCAGGUCGAAUAUGUCUUCGCACCGGUGCCUUGGUGCUUGCCGUGGCAAGCGAGGCAUCGGCGAGAGUUGCAGGCAAAAUGGGUGGAUAUUCCAACAAGAUGGGAGGAAAAUCUACAAGCGGAAUAAACGAAGAAAUAAUUUGGAUCAGCAUAAGCAUGGCGAUCGCUAUAGCAGUUUUGAUAGCAAUAGCUCUAUGUUAUAUCUUGAAGGAAAAAUGCUCGAAACGUCAGGCGUACAGAGAACAGUCAUGA